CGCCUCAAAUGACGGAUGACUACAAAUUAACUAUUCAAAAUAGAUACACUGACUAUUGUGAAUAAAAGCAAGAAGAUUCUCGAUGGACCGCUGCAAACCGCUUAAUUUAAUAACCAUAUAACAACAUAUACGAAAAAAGGCACAACAAAACCAGCAUUCGAGGACUUCACAUUCCUUCAAAACUUUAUGCCAAUAAAAUGCGAAACUAGUGCCAAAUAGAACAUAUCAAGCUGAAUACUGUAGCAUACCCCACGGCUGACAACCUCCCCAACCCGAAUCCUACAUUUUUGUUGCAUCCUGCUGAAAAAAUUCAACUCUCAACUGCACAUACAUAUUCACGCAAAUUUUUAUCCAGCUUUCAUACCGUCAGCAACAUAGGGCUCGCCGAGACUGCCGUACUGGACAUUAUGGCUGCUAAUCUACAACAGCAGCGCAUCAUUAACGAACAGCUGCGACGCGAGGUAAAUGUACCGCGCAUACAGGUGUCACAGGCCUGCCAGCUGAUGAUGAAAUACAUGCUGGAACAUGAGAGUGAGGAUUGCCUACUGAAUGGGUUCACUAGUCAAAAAGUGAAUCCAUUUCGCGAAAAGAAUUCUUGUAGUAUUUUGUAAGUACACAAUUUUGUUUUGAGCUUUUGGCAAACCAAAUCAUGGUACGAAUAUUGCUACUUUUCUGUUAUUUGUCUAAGUAUAUUUCACAAAAAAACUUCUUCCUACUGUGCUAACUAUAAAAAUCAUUUAUUUUUUUUUCAAUUAUAUACAUUAUUAUAAUUAUAACGAUUAAUAUUUCAAAAACAUGCUACAAGUGCCACCAUGGCCAUCAAACUCUAGUCAAGUGAAAACAAAAGUAUCAUAACAAACCUCAAUUAACUAGGAGCUGUCUAAGUAGUAUGAGUAGAAGCGAUAAAUCGCAAUCAAAUAAAUGUUUAUAUUAUAUACAAAUGCACUAAAAACAUAAAUAAAAACACUAAAAACAAAAUCAAAACUGUGGAACCAAAAAAGUAUUACAUAUUUGAAAAUAACGGCAUUUACCAUAUAUGAGCACAAAAAUAGUAAAAUAUGCAAUAAAUAUUACGUAGAGAAAUAUAUCUAAUAAAACUUUAUAAUAAAAUUAUAAAAACAACAAAAAAAUUAGUCUGACAAAUAUAAAAAUAAAAUAGUACAAUUAAAAUAAUAUACAU